AUGAGUGCAUCGUUUGAUUUCCAUGGCAAAAAAGCCCUUGUCACCGGAGCCAGUCAAGGAAUCGGUUACGGUCUCGCGUUAGCACUUGCGCAUGCCGGCGCCACUGUGGUGGCUUUAGAUAGAAAUGGAUCGAAGCUCGAGGAUCUACGUAAGAAGCAUGACAACGUUACCAUAGUUGUUGCCGACGUCACAUUAUCGGAAUGGGCCUUGGCAUCAAUUUUGGCACCUCACCAACCAUUUCACUUUCUCUUGAAUAACGCAGGAAUAUCAAUACUUGAAUCGUGUUUGACAAUCAAAGAGGAAUCCUUGGCAAGGCACAUUGACGUGAACCUGAAAGCUCCUAUUCUUCUCGCAAAGAUUGUGGCAAAUGAGAUGAUACGACGCUCGAUUCGCGGUGUUAUUGUGAAUGUUUCUUCACAAGCGUCUAAACGACCACUGAAGGAUCAUCUGGCAUAUUGCGUCACCAAAGCUGGUCUGGAUAUGGCAAGCAGGUGUUUCGCAAAAGAGCUUGGAGAACAUGGAAUUCGAGUGAAUAACGUAAAUCCGACCGUUGUGAUGACGGAAAUGGGAAAAAUGGUAAUAUGUGUGAAUUUUGAGCUAACGCCUUCAUGA